AUGUCUGAUAUCAUCACACUAUCCUCAGAGGAUGAAGCUGAAUCACCUCCCAAAAAGAGGAUCAAGCCAAUACUCCUUGAUACAUUACAUCCUCAAAUAACAAUAACAAGAGUUGAUAAAAGGAAUGAGAAAAAACCCCAAUCAGAAAAUGAAAUACAUGAAUUACUCUCAGAUGAUGAUGAUGAAGUAAAAAUCAUAAAUACUAAAGAAGAAGAUAAGAUCAUACAUGUUGAUUAUAAGAAGGAACUUGCAUCUGAUACCACAAACAAAAAUGAUGAAGUUGAGCUGGAAGGUAAAAACAUUGCCAAUGACACAUUUGAAAUUAUCAAUGAGAGUAGUGAUGAACCAAAUUCUGGUAAAGAAGAUAGUCUUGAUAAAGAGAAUAAGUCUGAGAAUGUUGCUUCAAGUGGCAACAACACAAAAAAUGAUGUAUCUAUGCCUACAACAUCAACUGAGACAUCUAAUGAUUGUAAACCUUCAAAUACUCUGCUGUUAGAAUCAUUCAUUUGUCUUUGUGAAAAAAGUAUAAAAAACUCAAAAUUCCAAGUUCUGUCUGACAGGUUCCCAGUAUUCUGGAAAUAUUAUGAAACUUGUGAAACAGAACUAGGGGAAUCCUCAAAUUUCAAACAAAUGAUUCAAGUAAAUAUGGAAAAGGCCCAAAAGUCUACUGCUUUAACUGUUAUAAGUUUCAAUGAAAUAUUUCAACAUCUGAAAGAGUUGGUGGAAGCAGAGAGCAUAGAAGUUUCAAAUGAAACUUUGAUAAAGCUGAAAAAGCUCAAGAAGACCAUAAAACAAUUAUUGGCUCAUAUAAAAAAACUGGAAGAAUCAGAAGUUGAUUUCAGUGAUGAGGAAAAUUCUAUUUAUCUACAAUUGGAUAGAUAUAAUAAUCGCCUGGCUAAGGUCUAUCAAAAAUAUUGUGAGCUUUUGAAUAAGAAUCCAUACAGUGGUAGGCUCACCUAUACCAAAUUGGAUUUUGUUGAUUCAGAGUAUAAUGAGAUAAAUAGAGCUGUUAGCAAGAAAUAUAAGAAUAACAAAAAAUUUCCUAGUUAUGUAGAAAUGGAGAACUUUAUCAAGAAAGUUGUAGCAGACAACAAUUUAGAAUUGAGCCAGGCAAAACUCAAGUCUGAAAGUGUUCAUUGUUUCAAAAAGUUAGGGGAACUUCUUCAGGAUAGAAGGAAACGAGAACUGUAUGAUUCUCAUUAUAUGCAUAUUAAAGACAGUGUCGAUCCAGCCAAAGAUAACCCCAGUUUGAAUUCCACCCUGAAAACAAAUUAUGAAGAGGGCCAGAAAAAAAUUGAAAAAAUUGUGGAAUUGUAUGUUACCAAAGGACAGCAGGAAGAAAAAGCAGAAUCAAGUGCAACAGGAUUAAGUGCAACAGAAUUGAGUGCUGCAGAAUCAAGUGCAGCAGAAUCAAGUGCAUCAGAAUCUGAAAAAAGCGAUUAUGUUGACAGUGAAGUUGAAGCUAAUAAAAGUGGAGAAGAUGAAGUUGAACAAAAUGAUGUUGGAAUGAGUGAUUUGAAAGAAACAAAUAAUUCUGAUUAA